AUGUCUUCUCCAGCAAAGCCUCCGCAAAACCCCCAGGCAAUUGCCAUUGCUAAAGCAAUCCGUCAUAACCCAUUGCUUAAACAACGUCAAGGUCUUUUGAACCCUGUGAAAAAAAUCGAUUUCUUCAGAUACAAAAGAGUGAUCCGGGCAUUAUUAUCUACCGAGUAUAAAUCCAAGCAACAACGCUCGCCAAUCUUACCGGUGAUCGCCAAUGAACAAGAUGCCAUGAAAUAUUUCAUCGAGGUGAUUAAAGCUGGUUUGGUCUACCCAGUUAACAAGCUCGAAGUCUCGGUGGCUAGAGAAAAAAACUUGCCUGUGGAGCGAGGCUUUCCAAACCUUGAAAUCGACCCGAAGGCCACGUUACAACCGGAUGAAUAUUACCUUUGGAACUACGAGAUCCCUAACCCGUAUGCGCUUUUAUAUGGGGUACUAUUCCUUGCCGCGGUGUUUGGGCUAAUUCUUUUCCCAUUAUGGCCUUACAAGUUGAGACUCGGGGUAUGGUAUUUAUCAAUGGGAUGUCUUGGAUUAUUGGCAGGGUUCUUUGCCAUGGCCCUUGUCAGACUCGUGAUUUUCUGCGCCACUUACCCAAUAUUGAGUCCUGGAUUCUGGUUGUUCCCAAAUUUGUUUGCUGAUUGCGGAUUUUUUGAGUCGUUUGUCCCAUUAUACGGUUGGGGUAAUGAAGUGUUAGAUCCAAAGUCUGCAAAAUUACAAGAAUGGAAACAAAAGAAGGUACAAAAGGCCGCAAAGAAGGAAAAGAAAUCGAAAGAAGAAGAAGCCCCACUGGGAAAAGAAAUUUUACCAAGCAGUGAUAAGAAAGUUACCACCACCGGUAGAAAAGUUUUAUUGGAAGAGGUUGAAGAAUAA